AUGGGGGUCAUUGCGGAGAUCAUUGCCGGGCUGAAGAGAGAGUUUGGCUCGCGUGGGGUGCUGAACAAGCGCAAAGCCAAGAGCAAUGAGAGCAAGAGCAAGAGCAGCGGGCCGGGCGAUGUGAGCAGCAAGGUGGAGGCGAUCAUUGGCGACGUGUGCCGCAAGCACGCGCUGCCGUCGUACCCAAAGAGGGUGGAGCUGAUUGCGGCGGUGGCGCCCGAGGAUCAGGACCUGUUGUUCCCGCUGCUGAAGGCGCGGCCGGUGCGGACGGCGUCGGGCAUUGCUGUGGUGGCCGUCAUGUCCAAGCCGCACCGCUGCCCGCACAUUGCCAUGACCGGCAACAUCUGCGUGUACUGCCCGGGCGGGCCGGACUCGGACUUUGAGUACUCGACGCAGAGCUACACAGGGUACGAGCCGACGUCGAUGCGGGCCAUUCGCGCGCGGUACUCGCCGUAUCUGCAAACGCGGAACCGGGUUGACCAGCUGCUGAGGCUCGGUCACUCGGUGGAAAAGGUCGAGUUUAUUGUCAUGGGCGGGACCUUCAUGUCGCUCGACGCCGGCUACCGCGACUACUUUAUCCGCAACCUACACGACGCCCUCUCGGGUCAUGCGUCGAGCUCGGUCGCCGAGGCUGUCGCCUACUCGGAGCAGUCGCGGGUCAAGUGCAUCGGCAUCACCAUCGAGACCCGCCCCGACUACUGUCUCAAGCCGCACCUGGCAGACAUGCUGGCGUACGGAUGCACGCGAAUCGAGAUGGGUGUGCAGGCCAUUUACGAGGAUGUGGCGCGCGAUACCAACCGCGGCCACACUGUGGCUGCCGUCUGCGAGGCCUUUCAGCUCGCCAAGGACGCCGGCUUCAAGGUCGUCUCGCACAUGAUGCCCGACCUGCCCAACUGCUCGCUCGACCGCGACCUUGCCGGCUUCACCGAGCUCUUUGCCAACCCUGCGUUCCGGCCCGACGGCCUCAAGAUUUACCCGACCCUCGUCAUCCGCGGGACCGGCCUGUACGAGCUGUGGCGGACCGGGCGGUACUCCAACUACACGCCCGAGGAGCUGGUCGACGUUGUGGCACGGCUCCUGGCCCUUGUCCCGCCGUGGACCCGGGUCUACCGCGUCCAGCGCGACAUCCCGAUGCCACUGGUCUCAUCGGGGGUGGAGCACGGCAACUUGCGCGAGCUGGCCAUGGCACGGCUCGCCGACCUCGGCUACGCCUGCCGCGACGUCCGCUCGCGUGAGGUCGGCAUCAAGGCCAUCACCGACCAGGUCCGGCCGCACCAUGUCGAGCUUGUGCGUCGCGACUAUGUGGCCAAUGGUGGAUGGGAGACGUUCCUCGCCUACGAGGAUCCCGAGCAGGACAUCCUUGUCGGUCUCUUGCGGCUGCGCAAGGCGUCGCCGGCGGCGUUCCGGCCAGAGAUGACCGCCGGCCCGACCUCGAUCGUCCGCGAGCUGCACGUCUACGGCUCGGCUGUUCCACUCCACUCGCGCGAUCCGACCAAGUUCCAGCACCAGGGCUUUGGCACCCUCCUCAUGGAGGAGGCCGAGCGCAUCGCCGUCGCCGAGCACGGCUCGACCAAGAUGGUGGUCAUUGCCGGCGUCGGCACCCGCCAGUACUACCGGCGCCUCGGCUACGAGCUCGAGGGCCCGUACAUGGUCAAGGCACUCAGCAAGGGCGACAUCGAGCAUGGCGAGUGGUGUGAGCCCGAGUUGGACUGUGGCCGGGCCCGGCUGGGAGCGCUUGCGGUGGCGCUUGCGGUGGCGUUGGUGGUGGCUGCCGGGCGGCGGGCCGAGGGCACGGCUCUGCUUCCUGCCGACGGGCCGAUUCCGUCGGCUGUUCUGGCGCUGGUGGCCGGAAACGAUGGCGAUGGUCUGGCGAGUGCGGUGCGGCGGAUGGAAGGCGGCGAGUGGGCCCGCAUGCUGCGGGAAACGGUCCCGGUCCCUGAUCACAAUCUGCAGGCUGUAGGCCUUGUUCACAUCGCCGCCCUCAACGGGCAUCUGUCCGUCCUCAAGCGGCUGGUGCAGCUUGGGGCGGAUCUGCUGCUGCCUGCUGGCGAUGGUGCAACGGUGCUGGAUGCCGCUGUCCAGGAAGGCCACGAGGCCAUUGCCCGCUGGCUUCUGGUCCCGGGCACCGAUCGCCGGCGCGCGCUUGCGCACGCUCCGCCGCGGUCGACCGGCUGGUCGGUCCUGCACAUGGCAGCCGAGCGCGGCGACACCGGAGUUGUGCAGCUUCUGAUAGAUGCCGGCGCGGAUGUCAACUAUGCGCGCGAGGGCGUGACGCCGGCGUUCUCGGCGGCGCUCGGUGGACACUUGCAGGCUCUGCAGAGUCUGCUGCGUGCGGGUGCUGACGUCAACGCCGGGCCGUCAUCAUCGGGCGCGUACAUUGUCCACGCGGCGGCGUCGUCGGGAAGCACGGCAGUUGUGGCGGCGGUUGUCGAGGCUGGCGCUGACGUCAACGCGCGGCUGCCGUCGGGAAUCACGCCGCUGCACAUUGCGGCCGAGGCUGGUGCGGGGCAAGUUGUCGAGCUCCUCUUGGCGACGCCCGGCGUGGUGGCAGCAGCCAAGACCGACGCCGGGCACACUCCGCGCGACCUUGCUAUCAUUCACAAGCACGAGGCGCUAGACAAGAUCUUCCGCAAGGCCGGCGUGACGUCGUCGGUCAAGGCGACGUACGUCAAGGCCUCGUUCUCCACCACGCUCCUCAAGCUCGGGCUCGGCACUUUUGGCGUGUUUAUCGGCCCGCUGCUGGCGUGCAAGGCGGUGCGAUGUGGGGUGCUCGCGGCAGCCGGCUCGGAAGAGCGAUAG